CACUGAUAGGCGGCACUGAUGAGCACUGAUAGGUGGCACUGAUAGGCGGCACUGCCUGGCACUGAAAGGCAGCUCUGAUGGGCACUGAUAUGUGGCAUUGAUGUGCACUGGUAGGCAUUGAUAUGUGGCAUUGACUGAUGCACUGGAAUGGGGCAUUGAUGGGCACUUACAGGUGGUAUUGCUGGGCACUGACAGGUGGCACUUAUGGGGCUACACUGAUCAUCGGGGCACUGAUCUUCACUGUCAGGGGAGGAGAGGACUACCGCUAACCGGCAUUUCCUAUUUACAUGUGAUCAGCUGUG